AGCGCGGCAAAUUUGACAAGCACAAAAACCGCACCCAAAACAAAACGGCCAAAAAAAAAAGGUACAACAAAAUGGAAGGGGCACAUCUUCUCUGUCAUGUAAUGACUCUUCGAGAGAAAAACAACAAAACAAAUGAAAAGUUCGUCAUAGGUUCGCCGAAUGUUUCGACAAAAGGGGUAGAGCGUUUGAUGGGUGGAACUGGAAGAUCAGCUCUGCAGCCGAUGUCUUUGAACGCAGGUUUGACGGGUUUGGUCCCGAGUUUAGAAUCCAAAGCGAGCCGUCAACUUCGGUCUGUCAAACGGGCUGUCGGAACAUUCAAAGCGAAGAUGAAACCAUCUGGUAGGAAAUGCCAAAGCACCAAGCGUCGUCUGCUAGAUAUGACUGUAUCAGCAACCCCACAAACACCAGAGGGCGUCCUCCGUCUAGUACAGUCCCCACUGCCAAACUCGGCCUUUGCAACACCCAGAAACACACGAUGUUAUCGGGAUACAGCUCAGAUGCUUACCCCAUACUCACCGCUAGAGGGGCUUCGAAGGUCUGAGAGAAUUGCAAGUAGAACACCGACUCCGAUGAAAUACGCUCCACGAUCUUCAACAAGAAGGCACCAACCUAGAAGGCUUCAAACCCCAGGACGAUUUGAAGGUGAGCUCGACAGUGUAACAGCCAGGAUUAAUGUACUAGCACAGAGCAUGAAGGUCUUUGAACACAUGGAAACUGGCAUCACAAAAACUAUUGCAAGACAGGAAAGCAACAACAGCGUGACAGAAAUAAAGGUAGAGUCAAAAGAUGGUGAAGCUAAAAAGGCACUGAGGGGAAAGCGUACCAGCAGCCUGACAAGUCUGAAGGAGAGCCUGCAGAAGCGCUUGAAGAAACAACCUUCGGAUGCGGACAUGGAAGCGACCAGGGAAGAGACAACGAAGGAAGAGACACAGAAGCGAAAAAGAACCAAGGAUAAAACAUCAAAGGAAGAGUCUGCAAAGGAAAAUGAGAGCACGGGAAAGAAGAUGCAGAAACGCCAGAGUAGUUUGUCCAAUGUGAAAGAGGAUCUACGACGAAGUAUAAAGCCAAGAAAGCGCCAACAUCCACAAAAGAAGGUCAUCAUUGAAAACGAGGUUGAAGGAGAGAGUGAAAAUAUUCCUCUAAUUCUCUAGAAAUAAAAGCCUGCCUGACAUUUUGUUCUUGCAAGGGCAAGCAACUGUUUCCUUCUUAAAUGGCCCUCUACAAUGUACAUGUAUGAGGGAAUAUUUCAUCAAAGGGCACCCUAUGAUGAAAUUGUAAAUAUCUACUGUAGCAUUUCAAGGGCACCAAGGCAAUUUCCAGGGGCAUGGAGGCAAUCACUGAAGUAUCAGGCCUGCAGGGGCAUGGAGGUGAUUUCCUCUGAUGCCCACUUUAAGUAUUAGGCCUGUAUGGCAUGAAUGGGUUUUCUAAAGACAGGUGUAUGUUGCCCAAGUUCUAUAUUUUACUACACAAUGUGGUUCAGAAUUUUGGGACAAGCAAAUUCUAGUGCACAAUUAGUUUCAUUCUUAAAGGUGUUGGGCCUUAUUAUACUCAAAGUUGAUAACUUUGGAUUGGGGUGGCAGGGAAUUGAAACGCUGAAUUUUUCUGCUUUAUGAAUAUCAGUGCAUUAGAUUUGAACCAAACAUUUUUGUUAUAAUAAUUUUUAUAACAAAACAUUGAGAUUUUGACUUGUUGACUCUGAAGUAUAUUUUAAUGUGCAUGAAUGGUUACGAUAACCCCAUUAUAUUAAUCUUUACCUAGCUUUUAUCUAAAUUAUCUAUGUAUCAAUGCUUAUAAUGUAACAUUUGUAUGUUUUUUAUGUGUAUAAUGUUCAUGUAAUGAAUAUUAUAUCCGAAACUAACUUCUACUAAAACUAAAAAUACAGCUGAAGUUCAUAUUUAUAUCCCGUUUCAAAAUGUAUACUUAAUAGGCAAAAUUUUAAUACUAUUCAAAGGUGAAUAUUGAAUACUUUUUAACCUGUGGUGAAGUGCAAAUUGUAUAAAGAGGUAAAGCAUUUGGAAGGAAUUUUUUUAACAUGUUUGCAAAGAAAACGCUGAUCCAUCAAGCUCUGCUUUGACCAAUCCCAACAGUAAAGAUUUCCCUAAAACGCCAACAAAACUCUGCUACAUGAAAAAUCUUGAAACAAAAUGAAGCUAAGUUUCUGCUAACCUAUGAAUACUUGGUGUUAGCGUGCUAUUCCCUGCUUUCGUAAGCACAGAUUCUCUGCUUACGUUAAGCAGAGCCUUUGCUUAAAAGCAGUGAAAGUGGGCCCUGUACAGUCUACACAAGUCGGAAUGGAGCUCCCCAUGGGAGCUCCGUUAGCAGACGGUCGCUACGGUGGGUGUAGACUGGGCACCCGUCUUUAUCCACAAGGAUAAAGACAGGUACCUGCUACUCAGUUCCAGUGAUUCCAUUGGAUACAAUGAUA